GAUGCGUCAACAUAAAAAAGCGGAUGAUGCUGUUAUGUAAAAACACGCUGAAGUGGAGCCGUAGUUUUGCAGGAGCUUGCUGGUCGCUUAGCAAGCCUCGCUUCGCCUUCUAACCCGGGAUUGUAGUUUAAAAGUGAACCGACUGUGGUGGGGUUUUUUUUUUUUACGCGUAGCGCACGGAUCGGCGCAGUUUGGAGUUGAAGAAGAAGGAAAAAAAAACAGGACAGGGCUUCAGCCGUUCAACUCAACAUGAGUCGCCUUCCACUGUGUUUUCCUCCUUCACUCGCGGGAAGCGUACACCUGACGCAUCUCUCUCUCGCCCUGUGGAAGUGAUCUUUUCUCCCCCCUUUUUCAGAUCGUCUCUUCUUGGGUUUUUUUUCCCCCCCAGUCUACAAAAAGCGGUAAGACCCAGCAGCCUUCAACUCUUAUCGCCUCUCCGGGGCUAAAACUGAAAGUGUCAGGCGGGACAGAAGAUCGAGCCGUGAGAGACAGCUCAGAGUGUAUGGACCCAGGUAAUGAUCCAUGAUGAUGCCUACUGAAGGGUCUAUCUGAGCUGAAACCCACCAUCGUAGAACUCUUUGGAUGAAGAGGAGGUGGUGGAUCUACUCGCGGACGCCGAGACCAUGGUGAAAGCUCAGCGGAGCCAGCCUGUGAAAUGCAGGAAGACCCUGAAGGAGAAGGCAAGCAAUGAGAAAGGAGGUGGUGUGAAAAAAGGGAAAGAGACAAAGAAUGUGCUGAGAGGAAAGAAAAAGAAGGAAAAGAAAGAGUCACAUCGACAUAGAAAGAAGACACUGGCAGUGGGUGAUGGAGAAGCACUGGACUGUUGCGUCCUGCUCACUCGUCUAGAGGAGAAAAGAGUUGUGGGUAAAGAAAAGGAUGCACCAAAAACUGGGAAACAAAAGAACGUUAAAGUAAAAAAGAAGCUGCACUCCAGCUCCAUUCAAAGAAGGACCAAAUCUGGACUUAAGAAAACUUCCACAGCCAAUCAGCAAGCACUGGAACCAAAAAUCAACCAAUCUGACGCCUUACUCAUGUUGCCCGCACCUGUCUUUGAGCCCCGCAGGCGGAGAAUGGCAUCUCUCAAUGCUGAGGCUGUCAACAGCCUGCUGCUCUACAAAGACGAUUCUCUCACGUCAAAUCUCACAAAGAAACGGCAGCCUUCUAAUGAAGAUCCAGCUAAAGAGAGUCUCACUAAAACUGAAAAAACAGGUCAUAAAACCAAAAAGCUUCCUCCGGGAGGGAAGGCAGACCCAAAAGAAAGACCUAAAAAACAGAGGCGGUCAGCAGCGGAGGCUCAGAACAUCGACUGGUUGGCUUUGUUUGCACCAACGCCUCGGCGUCAGGCCGGCCUCACUGCUGCGACGCUGCUAAAACUCACCAGUGCCACAUAUGGAACCAAACGGCAAAAGAAGAUGGAGUCCAAGCCGGUGAGUGAAGCAGGAGUUACAACUCUGGAUGAGAUUAGCGUUAAGCCAGUGUGCGGGGGAACAGCGCUGACCAAAAGAACAACACAUCCCAAACAUGAGGACCAACUAAAGCACAGAAAACAGGGUACAGAGGAUCCAGUUCAUUCCCAGCAGGGCUCUACCAUCCAGGGUUGCUGUAGUUUGUGUAAAAGUGAGGCUGUGGAUCCAGAGUGGAAGGGCACCACAGGAGGAGAGGAGUGUCUCAAACAUGCGCUCCAUUGUGGCUCUUCGCUGGGAUUCUCCUUGAAAACAAUCAAAGAGGAGCAGGUGGAGACUGAGGUGUCUUCCUGCUACUGCUGCUCCCAGGAGAGGUGCGUCGAGUACUGUCACAGACUGGCCCUCUUCCUGGACGACAAAACCUUCAAGGAACCAGAGGACAGCUCGCUGUCUGAGGUGUUCCACCAUCACCAUCACCACCACCAUCAUCAUCACCACCAUCUUCAGUCCCCCCACUCCGUAACCCACCCAGCAGCCAUAACCAUCAGCCCGCGCACGUACACCUGUUUCCCAGGCUACUACGUCCACUUCAGCCACCCGGACAACUCCCCCUCUCCCAUAUCACCCCUCACUUUAUGCCCAAGACGCGGCAAGAGACCCAAGCUGCUCCCCAGCACCGGUCCGCAGCCCUCAGGGAUUACCCAUCCAGUGUACUGCUGCACCUCAGUGGAGGCGUGCUACGGAGAGCCCUGCAGGAUCAACAGCUACUCUUCCUAUACCAGCGUGAUUCCAGCCAUCGCCAGAGGCGGGUGCUCCUUCAGCCCCACAGACUGCACUAACUGUAACCACAGCAUCAAAAGAGACGACUACCCAUCAACCCUCAAUGACCAUCACAGUCCCUCCUCCAUCCCCAUCUGUCCCAGCCCCAGAGUCCUCACUGGCUGCCCCAUUCCCACUGUGCCUCCAGCCGGCCAAUCAGUGCCCCACAUUCAGACUCCGCUGUCCGACCCCAGCCAACCACAGCCUCCGCUGCAGGUGGCGAAAGAGUGUCCGCAGAGUGCCAAGUCGCCCAGCGGGUCGAGGUCUGGCGCGCGCGGCACCGGCGGCAUCAGUUCGGCUGUCUGCCCUCUCAACAGGGACAAGAAACAGAAGCUCGGAUCUGCCAGCGUCGGAGAACGAACGGUUGCCAAGCAGCCAAAGAAUGGCCGCCAAAAAAACACCAACGGCUGGCAGCCAGUUGGCCUGCCCUUUCAGAAGGAGGUUUUCUCAGUGGGAGAGGAGACUCUGGUGCUGAGGAAGUGUUUCGAGGGAGUCCAGAGGGACGGGGAUCUGAUUCGGGUCAGAGACACUGUUCUGCUGAAAUCUGGACCUAGGAAGAAGUCUCUGCCUUAUGUGGCCAAGAUUUCAUCUCUGUGGGAAGAUCCAGAGUCAGGAGAGCUGAUGAUGAGUUUGUUCUGGUACUACCGUCCAGAACACACACAGGGGGGACGCAACCCCAGUGUACAUUGUGAGAAUGAGAUCUUUGCGUCUCGUCACCAGGAUGUGAACAGUGUGGCCUGUAUUGAAGACAAAUGCUAUGUCCUAACAUUGGCACAGUAUUGCCGAUUUUGUGCCUUGGUAAAACGCCGUAGGGAUGGUGUACGCGACAGUGCCGCCUCCCUUGUGGUGCCACCCGUUGUUGGCAACGCCAUGCCCACCCACCACUGUGUGCCCGAUGACGUCGACCCAGAGCUGGUGUUUUUCUGUCGACACGUCUAUGACUUCCGCUAUGGACGCCUCCUCAAGAACCUGCAGUAGCAUCUGAUGGGGCAUGACACACAAUGCUAUGGGACGUAUAGAUAAUGUUACUCUGGUUUCAUCCUCCGCAACUUUAAUUCGCUACGUACCUACCUGCUGCCUGAGUGAGAGGAACUGGAAGUUUAGGUUGAAGGAUUGUGAGAUGAGCUUAUUUUGUUUUGAAAUCUCUUGUUCAUACUUACAUGUCACACAUUUAUUUAGUAGGUGUAAUGGUCUGUCAUAUUGUAUAAGAGUUAAUAUGGCAGUAUAAAUGGUCUUUUUCAUACAUGGUUCUCUGGUGUCAUAGCAGCUGUGUGAAGAACCAGGAACGUACUCUGCUGUAGAAAACGCUACUGUAGCUCUUAGAAAUGUGACAUUUGAUAGAUAUGAAGAGAAGUUGAUGUGAAUUACUGUCUGCCUGACAGAUAUCAGCCAUAACUAGAAAGAAAAUUUGAGGCAUAUCAUGUCCAUGAGAAGAGACAAACAGAGGUUUCUGGGUGGCUGAAGAGUCAUUAGAUUGCUCUGUAAUUUGCAGUUGCUUGAUGUCCAUACAUGAAUGUAGAAACGUGCAGUUUUCUACAAGGCCCUGCUUAAAGAAAUCUUACAGAAAAACUCUACGGUGAACAUCUGUGUUCAAGAUGUUAUGGGAAACAUGCUUUUUUGCUUUCUUGCCAAAAGUUAGAAGAUGGAUACCACUCUGUGUCUGUCUAUGUCUGUACAGUAAAUACGAGGCUUCUGCCAGCCAGCGGUUGGUAUAAAGACUGGAAACAAGGGGAAAGGGUUUCCCUAAGCUAGCUGUUUUCCCUGGCUGUGGACAGAGCCAGGCUAGAUAUUUCUCUCUGUUUCCAAUGUGUGCUUAGCUAAGUGACUGCUGGCUCCAGCUCCAUAUGUACCAGAAAGAAAUGAGAGGUAUCAUUAUCCUCAUCUUAAUCUUGGCAAGAAAGAAAAUUAGCAUGGUUUCUAAUGUUUAAAUGGUUUCUAUGAUUUAACAUUUACAUUUUAAUUUGAUUGUGAUUGACCUGUAGGUCUAGGUCGUAAACUCAGCUGCGAGGAACGUUCUUGAUCAGAAGGUUUGAUGAAAUCCAAUUCAACUUUAUUACCGCUGAUUAAGUACAUGGACAGCAAACAAUAAAAUGUGGACAUAUUUUGGCCACAUCUCUUUUGAGUUUCUGAGAUAAUUAUAGGUUUUAUGUUAUGUCUGUAACUCUGAAAUUCACCUCUUUAGUGAUUUUCACAAUUUAAUACUGGCCUGCACUCUACAAAGAAGCACAGUUCAGUUUAUUUGAUUUUGCAGUGUGAAGAUGUCCAUUGAGCCGAGACUGAGGGGAUUUUUGUUAUGCCAAUGCUUAGGAAUAUUUUACUUUCUCAAAGCUGUUUACCAGAGGUGUGAUUUGACAUCUGGUGUCAGCUAACUGUAUAUUUGCAUUUAUAUAUGUGGAUGAGUGUCUGUUCAUGGCAGAUGGCACCAGUUAGUCACCUAUAUUCUUGUUUGUUCACCGAAGAGAUGGUGAGUAAUGUAUUCAGUGUAGCAUUUAGAUCUGUGAUGAUGAUUCAUUCCUAUGUUUGAGAGAAGAUGUGUAUUUAUUUCUGUACUGAGAAAAUAUAAUUUAUUUUCAAAAGAUAAUUUUAAAGAAUAGAGUUUUAGAUGAGUGGCUUUCAUUCCUAAUUAGAAAGGAAGUUGUCUCUCCUUCUUAGCUGCACUGUCUAAGAUGAAAGGGAUGUGAGUCAUUUGCAAUAGUAUUUCUGUGACUGAUUGAGCUUGCUUGCCCAAUACGAACCUAUUAAAUGUUGUGUUGAGAUGUUGAUGUCCUCCAGGCAGAUUUGAGGACACAUUUAGAGCAUUUGGAAGGAUCUCAGAUACCGUGUGAAGGACACCUGCUAACAUGUGACCAGAGAUGCUUAACCUGCAGGACCAAAACGUACCUUGGCCUCUCCCAGCUUCUUGUUAUUAUCCUUUCACUUCUCCUCGGAUGAUAAAGCUUUGCCUCUUCACCUUUAAAUGCCGAAUGCUAAAAUGAUUUAAACGUACCUUGCCAUUAGCCUGUGCCCUUGAUCUUGCUGCCUUAGAGAACAUUCCCAGCCUUUCAUUUAGAAAUGUGUACCGAUAUCAGCCUGGGGUAAUGAAGCUUUUUAGUGUGCUGAUCUUGAUUCCUAGAUGCUUGAGAGGCAAAACUGAUCUUCAACACUUUUAUGUUGACAAAAGUCUGCCCGAGUUUGAUUCAAAUUUAAAGUGAUCUUUCGAACACUUAACAUUUUGGGAAAUACAUUUAUUCACGUUCCUGUUGAGAGUUAAAUGAGUAGAUUGAUCCCACUCUUAUACGUGUAUGUUAAAUAAGAAGCUACAGCUAGCACCUUAUUAGCCUAUCUUAGCAUAAAGACUGCAGGGGGAGACCUGGCUCUGUCAGAAAAAGUAACAAAAUCCACCUACAAGUGGUUGUAAAGCUCACUAGUUGAUUUGUUGUCAAAAUGUUGUAUUGGAAGUAUAAAAACAACACUUUGCUGAUAGCUGUUUCUCCGUGCUUCCAACCUUUAUGCCAAUUUAAACCAACGUCUGCUUGCUGUAUAGCAUACAGACAUGAGUGUGGUAUUGAUUUAAACUCACAACAAGAAAGAAAGUAUUUCCAAAAAUAUUGAGCCAUUGCUUUAAGUUUGUAGUUUAGUACUUUUCUAAACCACUUCUUCAUCAUAAUCCUCCUCUCAACCAUCCAUCUGUAUGCUCAUUAUGUUUCAAACUAUCACAUUUUGCCAAAAUACAGCUAAAGACAGCUUCCGGCUGAGCUGAAAGGUGAUAGCACAGCAUGCAGUCGGUGUACUUAACCAUAUUCUGGUGAAAUGAUGAAAACUGAAAGUACUAAAGAUAUGGAUGGACAGUGACGAAACUGAUUAGGCUGCAAGUGUAUUUGAGACUGCUUUGAAACUUGUCACCAUUUGAUUUUCAUAUUACAAGCACAUACUCACCAUAUGUGUCAGAAGAUAGAUUUUGGGUGGGGUAUCGCUUGAUAAUGCCCACAUCCUGCCUACUUCUGCUUUACUCCCUGAACAAAGGCGGGGUUGGAAUAAUUUGGUGAGUUAAUUUACAAAAAUAUAAUUUACUGUAUUGUUAUUAACUCAUGGUUAUCAGUUAUCAAAACUAUAGCAAACUUUCUCUAUUAACUGAAACAUUUUAUUGAAUAUUGAUGGAUGGUGGAUGUACAGCAGCCCACACAGCACAAUACAACUGCAGAAUUGGGUAAACUACAUUUGGUUUGAUUUGGUUCUGCAAUUUAAAAUCCCCCUGGGUGUUCUGGAUCAGAGUUAGAAACCACAUAGAACAUGUUAUGGCCUUAGGAAUCACUCAGCAAACUAAUUAUGUUUAAUCAAGAUGUGUGAUACUUAUGUCUUAAUUGGUCCUCUGUGCCUGUUCCCAUUAACCCGUAUGUAUAUUCCAAGCGUUUUCCACAAAGAGAGAGAGAUGAGCAGUUACUGUUGUUUUUACCCACCUUCCAAAUGCCUUUCAUUUUUGUCAGAUGACGCUGGUCUGAUCUUGAAUCACCACAAAGAAAUGUUUGCACCAAAAAGAGAGAGAGAGAGAGAGAGGAGAAGGUAUUGCAACAUUAAUUUAAUUUAAUCCCCAUGUGUACAAAAACUUAGACUUUGGUUCUUCUGAUGUGAAUUUAUGUUCUUAUUCUUUGCAUGGCGUUUUGGAAAUAUCUUGGAUAUAUUAAUCACAGCACAGAUUAUUUGUAUGGUUUCAAAUGGACCUCUGUAAUAUAAGAAAAAUAUUUAAUUGUAAUAAAUAAUAUAUGAGUUUGAA